CUACACGCUGUAGCCGUUCGCAAUUUGCAAGAGGGUCCGCAUGUCCAGAUUUGAUGUGUAUCGAGCGCACCGCAGAUAGAUAAACUUUAAUGGAUGAGUUACGAAUAGGAAGAGUGUCCACUCUUCUACCGGGCAUGGGGAACCUGUCGAGUGAAGCCUUCCGAGUUGCUGACAAAAUGUCAUCAAUUUACGUUGAGCGGACGCGUAAGUACGCCCCGUGGACGGUCUUAGCCUCCCAGGUACGUCCUGCAGCGGAGCUCUAGUGACGAGUUAUCAGCUCACGAAGCAGUUGGGGGUGGAAUUGGAUUCGGAUGGCACUCCGCGUACAGGGCCACUCGCCUGAACUCAUGGUAACAAAAACGGGACAAUGAGUCAGCAAUAUGAUUGUUGCAGCCCGGGAUAUGAACGGAGGAAAAGAAAAAAUUGAACCUUGCUGCUGCAAAGAGAAGACGGUGCAACAGAUGCAUCAACUCAGGUGCUUUCGACGUGCGGGAGUUGAGUAACGCGACCACCGCCUCGUUAUAUGAUCGGAACAGUACAUGGCCUCGAAGCCAUCCGUGACCCCACACUUACGCGGCCUCGACCACGGCACAGCUCCACCUGACGCCGGAGGAAAAUCCCUGCCGAACCCGUUUUCAUCUCGUCCUUGACUUGAUGUUGUUUUUUCACUGCUCGUCGCCGGCAACUGGACAAAAGAGCGAAUCUUAUCCCUCAUCACCUCCCGGAUAGCUUCCAUGAAUUCGCUCGAAGGCCUGUCCGCCAUACCGCCGAAGAAAAACCAGAAAUUGGACGAAAAAAUAGCUUCCCACGUCUUGGCACCAAACAGCGGUUGAUCAGAGGAUUUGCCGCUCGGCGCAAAGCUACCCUUCGAAGGCAUACCGCAGUACCACGCGCGCCGGCACAGGUCACGUACUCAUAGCUCUAGAGCUCUGAGACGCUGCCCUGCGUUGUGAGUCUAACCUUGCCUAAAUGCGAGCAUCUAUCCUCAUUAAGAAUGUCAUGAAUUACAUAUUAGCCUUUUUUGAACCCGCCUUUAAUUCAUCAGUCGAUAAUGCGACUGCAAAAGGUGUGAAUAAACGUAUUGUUUUAUUUGAACAUUAACAAUAACAACGGUUCAAAAACUGAAAUAUAACAGCAACAACAACAAUAAAAAUAGCAGCUAUGACAACAACAAUAGCAGCUAUGACAACAGCAAACUACAUCAGACAACAAAGAGCGCGUCCACUAGCCUUAUCACUAUCAACUUCUCACCUUGCAGUCAACAUGUCAUCUUACGAUCAGAAUUGGCACCCCAUGAUUUCAAUAUUAGUGUGGGUUCAAUUGAAUGGAACCUUCCAUCGUCGCUAUUGUAUAAGUCUAGCCAAUCACAGCCAGCGACGAAGUCACCUGACCUGGUCGAACACAACGCCAACAAAGUGACUAUCAAGAUUUCAGGUGUUACAACUGCUGACCAGCUGGAUGUACGGCUCAAUGUGACUAUCGAUCCGGCGAUUUCUCCAAAGAACAAGUUUUACUUCGUCACUUCUGACGUCGCAUUGGUUUAUCGAUCACGUGAUAUAUGCGCCGGAGAGAGCACAAUCCGACGUUUGGUCCAGCUUGCAUUCUACGCACCUGGUUGUAAUGACUUCGAAGCACUCGGAAUGGAGAGCGGAAAAAUCAAAGAUAGUCAAAUAACUGUGACAUCAUUGCUGCCUAACACGUCGGCACACAUGGCGAGGUUACAUAGCACCCCUGGGUGGGUACCGUUGACGUUAUUGAAGCACAUCAGCUCUACGCUCUUGAUGUCACAAAACUAUGUACAGCUGGACCUAAGAAUGAUCAGAGAGGUUCAUAUGGCCGUGCUAAGCGGUGUGCCAAAGGAUAACACUAUUCCAAGCAGUGCACCAAAAAUAUCUGUCAGCAAAAAUGGGUUCUCCUGGAAGCUGCGAGAGAAGUCUCAGAAAACGGAGCUUUUCCAAGGAACCAGUCCUGAUUACGUGAACGUUGCCAUAGUGAUGAAAACCAUUGCCAGGGGUCGUUAUAUCCGGGUCCUUCUACCCCCUUAUAGGCCGCUUUCCAGUUCUGAGUACAACUAUAGUUUGGAGGUGUACGCAUGUAACGCUAAAACAAGCCACGGCGGAGAACCUUCUGCUAUUGGUGUGUCAUCGCGGGCAGCCGUCCCAGACCCCCAGUUUACAUCCCCGUCCAUCCUCGAUGCCAUGCAUGGCCCAGAACAUGCGAGACUCGACACGUCAGACGCCGGUGGAGGGUGGUGCGCGUUGACCUGUGAUCCGUCUGUCUUUUUGCAGAUUGACCUUGCGAAGACAUGGCAGAUAGUUGAGAUUGAGACUCAAGGCUUGCACGGAACAACGGGAGUUUUUCGUGGAAUAAACUCCUAUUCACUUUCGACAAGUCUGGACGGGGUAGCCUGGAUCCAAUUUUCACAGAAUGGUAACACAAAGAUCUUUCUCGGAAACUUCGUGGAAAACUUGUCAACUAAGCACAAGCUUCUCAAGCCCCUCACAGCCAAAUACGUCCGAUUCGAACCCAGGACCUGUAGUCAAAGAGCGUGCAUGCGAGUUGAACUAUACGGUCACGUGGACGGGGAGACUGAAACGCCUAGCGUCUGGCUUCGUUCAAUGUUGCUGAAGAAAUCAACCAAUGAGAUGUUUGUUUGUAAAGCUGAAACGCCAAGACAAAAGCCACACUGUUUAUACAGCAAGGAUGGCGGAACUGGCUGGAAUCCGAUAUUUCCCAAAGUGAUAAACAUCAUCGCCUAUGACCCGAGAGAGCAGAUCUUGUAUGGCUUGUCAUUCCAGCAAAAGUAUAUGAGAAGCAAGGACAACGGUGUGAAAUGGACAUCGCUGCCUAACCGGAAGUGGAAAGUCACGCGAGAUAGCCCAUCACUCAUAAUCGGAUUAGAGAUCCCGUUUGUACCGCUGACCAAGCAGACCUACACUGUACUUGAGCCGCUAGUUCAGCUGACCAGUAACGCGGGCGACAUCUGGACCGCGAAUCAGCUUGGUGUGUAUCACGCGGCAAGUGGUGGGACGCCAUCUCUAGUCUUGUCCUUCGAGCCUUAUGCUGAAGGACUGACGCUUGACAUAUGCCUCGUCGCGUGUGUUCACGGAAGAUGCGAGAAGAAGCCCAAAGCGGGAUUCCUGUGUCACUGCAAGCCUGGUUACCAAGGCAAAUCGUGCACUGAAGCUAUCGACUACUGCGCCACCGCGGGAUACCCCUGUGUGAACGGAGCCACUUGCACCAAUAAGCCCUGGCACUACACGUGCGAAUGCGUACAGCCAUAUAUGGGCAGCAACUGUGAAGUGUAUAACUUCUGCCAUAACGAUCCUUGUGUUAACGGAGGCACGUGUACCAACCUUGCCAGUAACUAUAGCUGCGCAUGCGUCACACACUACUAUGGUCCGAACUGCGAGUUAUCCCCAUGUACUACCUUCCCUUGUCUCAAUGGCGGUACAUGCAUAGUCGGCGGGAGCGGGUAUUCCUGCAUUUGUGCCCGGUACACUGGGGGAGACAACUGUCAAAACGGACUCCUUCUAGCGCUUCGCAUAACCGCACGUCACUCCACUGAAACAUUUGUCUACACGCCUGGCAAGUACGACAAGAUCGCCUUCACUCCUACCAGUGACGUCAUCAUUCAGUCCCUGUGUACAUACGGGGCCUUGGGCGCCCCCAGCUUCUACCAGAAUCUCACAACGAGGCUGCGUAUUCCUGAGACCGACAAUGUUCUGCGCAUGACCAAUAGUAUUCAACAUAUGCAGGAUAGCAUCUUCGCAUGUCCCUGGUUCGACCCCCCUUUUCAUGCCGUCGCGGGGACGUCGUACAUAGGAGAAGCCCUCGCGCACAACAAUUUUGUGAUUGCCAAGGGCAUUUUAGGUUUACCAUCACAAACGUAUUCCUAUAGUGAUGGUAGCAAGUCGGCAACGAUAAAUUACGCCACAGUAUCGGCUGCUGAGUUUGCGGAUUCAAGCGGUGGGGACGUUAAUGAAGGCGGGAUUGCUGGGUUUCAAAUUUCGUUGUAUACGUGA